UCAGUAACUUUUUUUUGCAGAUAAUGCAUAUUUUUCAUAAUUUAUUUCUCACAUCCAGGUGGUCUAUUUAUUUGUUAUUCAGGCAUUCUGGUAGUCGCCUUGUGUAGAGUCUAGGUCCUCACAUUCUCAGUGUCACAAAAAUGGCGCUUUGGUUCGGAUAGUGUGGAUAGAGAAGAAUUAGAGGCAAAAUCUAUUUUAAAAAUAUAAACAGUUGUUUGACGUACUGUUGUAGUUUGUGGCCGCUUACUGUUAAGGAUUCUAAAGUUGUUGGUGUCGUAAUCGAAUUCAAAAUGAGUGGAUUUAAUUUUGGUGCCUCCUCUGGUGGCUUUAACUUCGGUACCACCAAGACGACAGCGGGGGGCACUGCUGGGUUUUCACUGACUGGAGCCAGCACCACUGGAAAUACAGGGGGUGGGUUCUCCUUUGGGACACCUUCCCAACCCCAGGCUGCUGCCCAGCCCUCUAGUCUCUUCUCCAUGGCUACUCCUGCAAGCUCUGGUACACAAACAGGAUUCAGCUUUGGAGCCCAAGCCACUUCAACACCAGCAGCAGCAGCACCUGUCCAGACCACUGGAGGGGGGUUCUCAUUUGGUGCCGGCGCUCCAAAGAUAAACCUUGCCAUGCCGAAUCCCACCCAGGCCUUGACCUCUGCUGGUCUGACCCUGGGUAACAGCAUGGCAGCCCCCACAGGCACAGGGUUCUCCCUUGGGGGAGCACUGUCCACCCAGAGCACAGCAGCCCCUUCUGGAGGAGGGUUCAGCUUUGGUGCUAGUGGGAGCCUAGGGGGUGCCAUGACACAGCAGCAACAGCAGCAGCAGCAACUACAGCAGCAGCAGCAACUACAGCAGCAGCAGCAACUACAACAGCAGCAGCAGCAACUACAGCAGCAGCAGCAACUACAACAGCAGCAGCAGCAGCAGCAGCAACAACUACAACAGCAGCAGCAGCAACUACAGCAGCAGCAGCAACAACAACCAGCAGCCAGUGGAUUCUCCCUUGGGGGUAGUGCUGCUGCCCAACCUACUUCUGGGUUUUCUUUUGGGGCAGCAAAGGUGCAGGUGACCACAACGGCCCCCAGUGCAACUGGUGGGGGAUUCUCGUUUGGGAAUAGCACUGCCCUUGCAACCAGCCAACCCGCAGCUACACUUUCCCUUGGUGCUCCAGCAACAGGGCUUACUUUGGGAUCCUUAGUACCAGCUUCAACUGCAGCAGCGGCCUCAGGGACCACAACCCAGGGGACAGGCAUGUUAUUUGGAGCCAAACCCCAAGCCCUAGCGUCCGUUGCCCCCACCACCACCCUGGCCAGCACAUCAUUAGGGUCCUCUCUCUUCGCUUCACCAGCCCCCGUCUCAUCAGCUCCCUCCAGUUUCACACUUGGGUCUACAGCUGCCCCUACAGCUACUUCUUCAGCAGCAGCAGCAGCAGCAGGAGGAGGAUUGGGGUUCAUGCAGAAGCCUCUGGGGGUCACCACAGCAGCCAGCACUGCUCUUUCAGCUGCUGCCCCCACAGGUGCUGUCACCGGGUUUUCCCUCGGAAUGAAACCUGCAGGAUUGGGCGCUAUUGGCACCACAGCUCCCCCCGCCACCACCACCAUCACAGCAACUGCAGCCUCAACAGCCAGUGUCCCCCCAGUAAUGACAUAUGCCCAGCUGGAGAACCUGAUAAACAAGUGGAGUCUGGAGCUAGAAGACCAGGAGAGGCACUUCCUGCAGCAGGCAACGCAGGUCAAUGCCUGGGACCGCAUGCUUAUUGAGAACGGAGAGAAGAUCACAUCUCUACACAGAGAGGUUGAGAAAGUGAAGCUUGACCAGCGAAGGCUGGACCAGGAGAUGGAUUUCAUCCUGUCUCAGCAGAAAGAGCUGGAAGAUCUGCUGACACCCCUGGAGGAGUCUGUGAAGGAGCAGAACGGGACCAUCUACAUGCAGAAUGCAGACGAGGAGCGAGAGAAAACAUACAAGCUGGCAGAGAACAUAGAUGCCCAGUUGAAGAGAAUGUCCCAGGACCUGAAGGAAAUCAUUGAACACGUCAACACAUCCAGCAGCUCCUCUGAAACCAGUGACCCGGUAUCCGGGGGAUUUAAUCUUCUGCAAAUCUGCAAAAUUCUGAAUGCACACAUGGAUUCACUUCAGUGGAUAGACCAAAAUUCAGUGUUGCUGCAGAGGCGAGUGGAAGAGGUGUCCAAGCUCUGUGAAGGUCGUCGCAAGGAACAAGAAAAAAACUUUCGGAUUGCAUUUGAUUAAAAUAAACAAAAUACAUAUAUAAGCACAUAGGGGUCUCUUUAAAAUCUGUUCCCAAUUUCUGUGAAAAAUAAGAAACAAUUUUAUUUGGAGUCUGUUUUGUUAAAAUAAAGAAUUGCUUCCACUUUUUA